UCUCCCUGAUGAGCUUUAAAGUGCACAGACCACACAUGAACUAUGUGCACACGCCUACAGGCAGUCAGUGAACACAGUCAGAACCACGCUGAAUCAUUCAGCAAGAAAGAGUCGUCCUGUUAUCCAGUAAGUGAGCGAGAGGAUCGGUGCUUCCCUGCUUUCUUUUCAUUUUGGUUCCUCACUUUCUGCAGACUGUUUUGGGACCUUGUUGCCUGCAUUAGUCUAUCCUUUUGAUGCUGGGUGUACAACUUUAAUAUCUGACACGGACCAUAACGGACCACAUGCAGACUCAGCAUCGUGUGGAGGCGGUGGAUGAUCCGAAUGGAGCCCAGAUCAUCUUCUCUGGGGAGCCUGGGGGUUCUUCAGGCCAACAAUUCCUAACAUCCCCAGAGUUGAACCAUGAGGUGGUGAUAUCCCCUGGACUCCCUACUCCUCCUCUGAGCCCUUUUCGCUCUGCAAGGUUGCCGUCUGGAGAGCACAAGGUGUCAGAGAUGAACGGAAGUGCUCCCACAACACCCACUUUUGGAUCGUACUAUGGCCCCUCACAGCCACAUGGACUGUCUAACGGUGUCCAGACUUCUGCCACUUUACCACGCAGUGGCACCCCGACCAGAGAAGAGAGGCUUAUUAAGUUCUCAGGAAUCGGUCCAGUGGAUGAGACUGGGAUGCCUAUUGCCCCCAGAUCAAGCGUGAACAAACCCAGAGACUGGUACAAGAGCAUGUUUAGACAGAUUCACAGGAAGCCUGAGGAACCUGAGCUGGAGGAUUCAGAGCGGUGGUCAGUGAAACGUCUCCAAACACCCGAGAGCACAGAAGACAGAACUGAAUCAGACAAGAGGCUCUUCACGCUGUCACCAUAUGGAGCCUUACCAGACUGGAGUGAGGAUGUCGACAAAUUAGCAGACCCGGGAAAAGAACUUCAACCAAAGAGUAUAUUUGAGUUUGAGCCUGGACAGAGCACCGCCUCAGAAAGUCACAGACAGGUACGCUCAGCCUCACUCACACCAGGUCAUCUGCCCCAGAAAAAGGAUCCUGAAAAACCCCAAGCAGGUUCAAUUGAGGUAAGCACCUUUGGUAGUACAUGUGCUUUUAAUCCUGCCAUGAGAACACCAUUGAAUCCAAAUUUCAGAUUCUGUAUCAGUGUUUUAAUUUUACCUUCCAACUUCAACAUUGGUCUGGCUCAGGCCAGUCUGGUCUCUGAGCUGAGUCGUUUUGAGGCUGAGUUGGACUCUGAGAUCCAAGGCCUGGAGAGGACACUUUCCCAGAAGAAGCAGCGUCAAGGCUGGGGUGAGGAGGCCAGAGACAGGGAUCCAGUAUCUGCUCCAAAGACUAAGACUGCAGGCUACAGCCAUUCAUCAGCAUCAAAGCAGCCGAUCCAUCACUCCACUGGAUCAUCUUCAGCCUCUGUUCCCACAUAUGCACAUCAGCUUUUACCUGCUAAUGAAACCAUGGAGCCCCCACCGAAGAGAGACGACAAGAAGAUCAAAGCAGCAAGAGCCAAGUUCAAUUUCCAGGCUCAGUCACCCAAGGAGCUCACACUGCAAAAAGGUGACAUCGUUUACAUCCACAGGCAGGUAGACGCCAACUGGUUUGAAGGAGAGCAUCAUGGCAGAGCUGGCAUUUUCCCCACAACCUAUGUGGAGAUUUUGUCUCCUACAGAGAAGCCAACACCUAUAAAGUCCCCCACCAUGCAGGUGUUGGACUAUGGGGAAGCCGUGGCUUUGUAUAACUUCAGUGCUGACCUUCCUGUUGAACUUUCCUUUCGGAAAGGUGAGGUGAUUGAUAUAACCAGGCGAGUUGACGACAAAUGGCUUGAGGGUCGGAUUUCAGGGACCAGUCGAAGUGGCAUUUUUCCUGCCAGUUAUGUCCAGGUCAACAAGAUGCCCCGUACCAAAUAUUCUAUGGACGACUUCUCAGCUGACCCCAUGUCUCCAAUCUCACCUGGACCCCAGAGUCCAGGGCGUCCACUCCACUCACCAUGCCCGCGGUCCCCAAUGUCACCUUUCACCCCCUCAUCCCUCAGCCCUAAACCUGGACACUCCCCACUGAAGCCGUCUUCACCCGUGCCAUACGGCAGUCCAGCUUCACAAACACACUCCCCAACACAGACACUGUCAUCCAAAGAAAUGACCAACGUGUGGCCGCACAGCACCUGUAAACCCACUUCACCCACUAAUCAGAACAGCCAUUGGAGUGUGACACACUCAGCUUCCUUGCGCUCUGCCGCUCGAACCACAUCACCUCCCACUCAGUCGUCUGCAUCUAAACACAGAGCAGAAGCAGCCACAGUGAACACUCCCAGACACACUGACCCCACAAAGGCUGCAGUGACAAACCAGGCUACUCCAUCUAAUCUGCAUUUCAACUUCUUACCCCAAAAACCAGCAUCAAACAUCCCUGGUCCCACGGCGGUGCAGCACAAACCAUAUAAAGCUAUUUACAACUACAAACCCCAGAAUUCAGAUGAGCUGGAGCUCAGAGAAGGAGACAUUGUACAAGUGAUGGAAAAAUGUGAUGACGGCUGGUUUGUAGGUACGUCAGAACGGACCCAGACAUUUGGAACCUUUCCUGGGAAUUAUGUGGCACCAGUUUGACUUCCACGCUUUCUGCUUGUCCCCAUCUACUUGGACUCCUAAGAGCUCAAAGAGUCACACCAGUUCACUCCAGCAAAUCCUGCUCUGACACUGUCCCGUGUCCCAGCACUCCCAAACCCCGUUUAUUCCGACCUGCAUGUUCACUCUGAGCAGCUGCCGUGUUUCUGAGGUGAAGGCAGGAAAACUGUGUGGUUGCUCACCUCCCUGCCUAUGUGCAUGUGUGUUCCACAGAGACCUGAGAGUGUUUCCUACAUGUGCACAAAUGCAUAUAUGCAUUGUUUUCCACAGUGACCUGAGUGGAAAGUGAAUGUUAAAAAAAAAAAAAAAGAAAGAAAAAAAACUGUUUCAGAGAAUGGACUUUUUGUCCCACAAAUAUGUGCAGCUGCAGGAAAUUGGACAUUCCCUCCCACUGAGCAGCACUGUUCCUUCUGAGUGUGUGUGACCGCAGUGCCAUCACAAACCACAGCUGAGAAUCACACUUAAAAUGCCACAUUCUUCUGAUAUUUGCCAUGUGAUUAAUGUUUCCUUAAAAAAUGUCUUUUUCCAGAUUUUGUUUCAGACCUCUGAAAAGACCAUACAGAGGAACAACAUGUCGGUCUCUCCAUGUUUGCUUAAAGUGAAGCACAGAGAACUCAGACUUAUCAAGACAAGCUGACAGCACUCCACAAGGCUCCACACAGCAAACAAACUUAAUGCAUCUGCUGAUUUCUUAUGCAACUUAAUCCUUAUACAGUAUUUGUCAUUUUUAUCAUUCUUGGCAUUUUGUCUUUAUUGAAAGUAGGGAUACAGACGAUUUUUAUAAAAAUGUGGGACAGAACUCUUUUUUGUUGUUGCACUUCCAUCUAAUGCCUCCACCACUUUGCAGGUUUUAUUUUUUAUUUUUUCAAAUAGUGCCAAAUUUAAUACUUAAUUAGACAUCUGUUUUAACAAACACUUAUCUGAGCAUGUCCUGUCCAACUCUGGCACUUUGCUAAUGCUGCAUUUAUUAUUACAGUGCGAUCGUUUUGUUUUGUUUUUGUCCUGCAAGGCUUAUAUUCCCAAUCUGACAACAGAAAAUUAGCCUUUUGACUGUUUGAAGACUUGAGGAUUUGCUACUUUAUGGUUAUUUCAAAUUUAUGAUAUAGUCAAAAUGUCUUUAAUUUUUUUAUAUAGCUUUCUUAUAUGUAAGAGAUCCAGAAAAUGAGUGUACAGCUGUAACAAGAUUCAAAAUAUAAUAUAUAAUUGCUUAUAAAACAAUUUACAUGAAUGUAUGGUAUGCAUUUAAAGAACAAAUAAACAGAGUGAUGUUAACCUUU